UAUGGUCCCAAUUGUCCCAUAUAAAGUUUGCAGUGUGUUAUUUCCCUGCUAGAGUAUGGGUGAUGAUGGUCCCAAUUUUCCCAUCUAAAGUUGGUCCCAAUUUUCCCAUGUAAAGUUUGCAGUGGUUUAUUCCCUUCCCAUUGUCUCCAGUUUGUGGUGCUCUUCGCUGACCUUCUUGGGGCUUGAGGAUGCAUCCUAGAGUCACAGAAGGUUGUCACAUUCUUUUUGGGGCUCUUCUGAUUGGGAAGGUCCCUGGGUUUGGGACCUAGGGGAAGAUGAUCGUUGGGUUUGGGAUUUGGGACAAGAUGGUCCCUGGUUUGGGGCUCUGGGACAAGCAGGGACGUCGGUUUAGGCUCCGGGGAAAACAUGGUCCCUGGCUUUGGGCUCUAGGGACAGAUGAUCCUUGGGUUUGGCUUUGGGACAACAGGGUCCCUGGGUUUGGGUUCUCGGGACAAGAUCGUCCCUGGGUCUGGGCUCUGGGACAGGAUGAUCCGGGGGCUUCGUGAAGAGUGAGCCUGUUAUUUCGUAUUUACACCCGAAUGGUCAGGAAGGGCGUAGUAUACUGCUAUUACUAUAUAUAUAAAAGUAAAAAAAAAAAAAAGUAUAUAGUAUAUACAGCUCAGAAUUGUACGGGGUACGGAUUUGAACUGCCGCGACUGCUGCAUGGUACCGUUGUAGCUACUCCCCCUGUGAAUCGGAUUGCAAUUACGGCCAGCUACGGCUGCAUUCUAUACUGCAAUUACGGCCAGGCCUGCAUGAAUCGGACCGCAAUUACAACCAGCAGUUCAUCCACAGCCUAAUAAGAGAUGUUGCCAUAUGAGAUUGAUGGAUGAUGAUCCGAUAAUCGUCUGAGAUGUGAGACUUUCGCAUUCCACGCCUCUGAGGGCAUAACUCACACUACCAUCGAAGUUGGUUGUGAGACGGCGCACCGGGACUUUUUCUACUAAGCUCUCUGGACGUGAUUCCGGUCCGAUUCAUGCAGUUCUGGCCACAAUUGCGGUCAAAUGCAUUCAGGAAAGAGCUACUGCAGCCUACCGGUACCGGUCGUGUGAGUAAUAGAGUAUGCCCCUGCGCGACUCGUUUCAGAUUAGAGUGCAUCCAUGUAUCGCCGGGACUUUUUCUACUAGGCCCAGGACGUGAUUCCGGUCCGAUUCAUGCAGGUCUGGCAAAAAUUGCCGUAACUGAACCGAAGUCAACGGACAUUGAGCAGCAACUGACGUUCUUCACACAUGAGCGGCAACUGACGUUCUUCACUGAUGAGCAGCAAAAAGAAAGUCAACCGGCGAGCAUCAAGUCAAAGGCAUCAGUGAUGAUCGGCAACUGAAAAAGUCAAUGGGUCAGCAGCGACCCAAAAAAGUCAACAUGUGAGCAGCGACGGAAAAAAAAAGUCAACAUGUGAGCAGCAAAGGAAAAAAAAGUCAACAGGCGAGCAGCAAUGCGAAAAAAAACUGCAUGGGCGAGCAGCAACUGGAAAAGUCAACGGGUGAGCAGCGACUUGAAAAGUCAAUGGGUGAGCAGCAAGUGAAGUUUCCUCACCGAUGAGCAGCGACGAAAAGUUGUGGUGUCGAUUGGCAGCAAACUGAAAACGCCAACGGGUGUGCAGCACUGGGAGUGCCGGUGCUGACGAGCAGCAACUGAAAAAGUCUACGCGUGAGCAGCAACGAUUAAAGCCAACUCUUGAAGACGCGACUUAAGUCAUCGUUGCCGAGCAGGAAUUGAAGUCGACAGCUCAGCAGCAACUGAAAAAGUCAACGCUGAUGAGCGGCAACUGAAAAAGUCAACGCUGAUGAGCGGCAACUGCAAAAGUCAACGGGCGAGCAGAGCAGCCAUUCAACAUUCAAGCCAUCAACCGAUGAGCAGAAAUGGAGACGGACAGAUGAUCAGCCACUGGAGUCAGCCUGGUCGGCGCUGAGAAACCACCCUCGAGUGAGGCUCUCAGGGCAUGAUACACUCGAGUCCGAACUUUUUUGGAAUCUGACUGGUAUACCGCCCAGAUUCAGUCCAAGAAGUGAUAGUGCAAAUAGGGAAAUAGGUACAUACAUAUAGGAACAUAACCCCUUCAUUUCAUCUUUUUCUUUUUUUCUUUUUCUCUUUCUUUUCCCCUUUUAGCCCCCUUCAUUUUCAGUUCUAUGCUUCUACCUUUUUGCACCAUGUCCCCCAGGGCCGGUUAUUCGGUGUGCGAAGUCGCAAACCGCCGAG